CGGGGACAGCCAAGGGUAUAAGGGGCAGACGUCCAGUUCGGAUCACUCAGUGCAGCCACACACCUAGCCCUGCCUCCUCCUCCUCCUCCUCCUCCUGCUGCUGCUCGUCUUCCUGCUUCGCCCUGUACGAUGAACCUCCCAGGCUGCCUGCUGGCGGCGCUGGCACUGCUGACGGCGGCGCCGACGAGGGUGAGCCUCGAGAAGCUGUCCGUGCUGCUGCCUAACCAGAACGCUGAGUUUGACCUUGAGCAUGAGCUGGAACUUGACCUUGACCCGCGGACCGGCGCCCCCAGACAGGCCCUGUCCCCUCCCCCGGGCCUGCCGAUCCCCUCCAUCUCCCAACUACCCCUGGCUGCGCCCCCCGCCCCCCUGCCCACCGGGCCCCCCGCCUCCCCGGAGGGCAGGAUCACCGUGCUGGUGCAGGACCAGGCGCCUCGCGUCACGGGCCUGUACGAAUUACCGGAGGAGUUCAGCCCCGAGGGAUCAUCCCAGGGGACGUGCGAGGCACAGACGUUGGUGGUGACCUCCAGAGACGUGGUGGUGUCCACCUCCAUAUCAUGGGUCACCGUGCCCACUACAGUGGUGCAGCGGUACACCACCACACAGAUACAGCUACAGACGGCGCUGCAGACUUCCUACGUCACCCUGCCCGCCAUUGUGCAGACGAGCACGCUGACAUCAGUGGUGCCCACGACCGUGUACCGCACCUCCACGCGGUACCAGCAGCAGGUGGUUACCUCAACACAGGUGCGCCUUCAAACACAGCUCGUCACCUCCCGCGUCACAGACUACCGCACGGAGACACAGACCAGAAUCGUUUAUCAGACAGUUUACAGCACCCGAGUCCAGCCUACCUACAUUACCACCACCGUCACCCAGCAGAUCACGCCCUCCUGCCCGCCACUCCUUAUCCCCACGCCCACCAGUGUAGGGUACGACUAUGCAGCGCCCACUAGUACCUAUGGAAGUGGUCAGGAUUACUCUCCCUCCUACAGUGCUUCGUCAGGAAAUACUUAUGGUGUUCCUGUCUAUGGUCCCUUUUAUCAUGCAUACCAAGCCCUGUCGAGAAAGAAGAGGUUGCUUAAAGAGAUGACGUUUGGUGGUUAGUUCGUUUGGGUUGUUUGGGUCUUCUUCUUCUUCUUCUUCUUCUUUUGGUUUGAUUCCCUAUUCUUCUUCUUAAAAUCUCAGUAUCUUUUUUUUCCUCUUCCGUGUCCUCGUCUUCCAUUUUCUUUUUUUUUCUCUUUGGUUUGGGUUCUCUAAGGAAAGGGUUGAAUAUGUUUUUUUUUUGUUGUUGUUUGUGUUUUUUUUGCGUUGUUUUGUCCGUUUUGUUUGAUGAAUAAAAGUGAUUUUGAA